CGUCGUCGUCAACCAUCUUUUGCAUCGUGCUUCGAACAAGAGCUUCCCCAAGAGUGUGCUGCGGAAUUCGACGAAAUUCGCGACAAAUUCGACACCGACAAGAAGAUAACAUGGCCGAAAAGAUGGAGCUGAGUUUGGACGACAUAAUCAAGCAGACGAAGACUGGCCGAGGCGGCGGACGCCGCGGAGGCCGCGGUGCGGGCAGAGGCGGCGGAGGUGGUCGCCGUGGCGGCGGCGGAGUUCGAGGCGGCGGAAUCCAGAAAAACAGAAGACGUGGAGGCGUUGGAAGCGCUGGAGGCCCGGCGUUCAAAAGAUCUGCCUAUCCUAGAGGAGACGUCGAAAGUCAAUGGACCCACGAUAUGUUCGACACUUACGGAGGCAAAAAGGGCCUGAUGCGCCCCGGCGCUGGAGGAUUGGCCGUCGGCGGAGGUACCGGAAAACUGCUCGUCUCCAAUUUGGACUUCGGCGUGUCCGACUCAGACAUUUCAGAGCUCUUUGGCGAGUUUGGAAAACUGAGAUCGGCUUCAGUCCACUACGACAGAUCUGGAAGGUCUCUUGGAUCAGCUGACGUAAUAUUCGAGAGGAAGGCAGACGCAAUUAAAGCUAUGAAGCAGUACAAUGGUGUGCCACUGGAUGGCCGACCAAUGAAUAUCCAAAUGCCAACCUCUGAGAUCACUUCCCCAGUCAGAAUAACCAAGCGAAUUGGAGGACCUGCCGCUGGAGGCGGCGGUGGUGGAAACUUUGGCCGCAGACAAGGAGGAGGCGGUGGUGCACCAAGGCGAGGAGGUGGUGGAGCUAGGGGAGGUGGUGCUGGCAGAAGGGGAGGACGAGGUGGCGGUGGCGGACGCGGAGGUGGUCGCGGCGAAGGAAAGCAGAAGCCCAAGUCUGCUGAAGAGCUCGACGCAGAGUUGGAUGCCUACCUGAAUGAGGCCAAGUAAUGCAACAUAGUUCAGAAGGCCAUUACCUCACAACUCAUCUUGACUGCCUGUCUGCCUCUGAUGGACAAAAGAAAUCUUGAAACAGUGACAAGAUUGCAUUAAUUUUAGUUUAAACUAGCGAAUAGAAAUACACGCAAUUUUUGCGUGAUGAAUCAAGAGGCUUGAGGCACUCUUCCUUUUUUUCUAAUUUUAAGUGCGAGUUGGAUUGUACGAGUGGAAAUUCAUUGUGUAUCAGCUUUUUCAUCUCCAUAUGUAAACCAUUUUAACGCCGUGCUAUGUGUUAAAAAGCUGCAGACUAUUUCAGAAAAUUGUACGAAAUAAAAAGUUAUAUAAAGGCACUAAA